AAUAAAAGGGUAAAGGUAGGGAACAAAGCAAACACACUACACAAGAUUCUCCUUUCUUCUUCUUCUUCUUCUUCUUCUUCCGAAAGCGAAGGAGAGCAAGCGAGUUGGCAUCAUGUAUCUUAUCUUUUACUAAUAUUAAUUAAUUAAAGCGAACAAGGAAUCCCCUUAUAUCACUAAAUUUCAAGGGUUAACUAUUAUAUUAUUUCUUCCCAUUUUACCCUUGAUUUUUCUCUACAUUUUCCAUUUCCGUAAACACCAAUUAACCCUUCGAAGAAAACGAAUUAAAGCUUCGAAAUAAAUCAUCACCGUCAUUCAUAUUCAUAUCCACAAGUACAAUGCUGUGUAAUUUGGUUCCGUUGUCGCGGAAGAAAAAACCCGGUUCGGUUCCGGUUCACAUCAACGUCUAUGAUCUCACCCCAAUUAACGGUUAUGCUUAUUGGCUUGGCCUGGGUAUUUAUCAUUCUGGUGUUCAAGUUCACGGUGUUGAAUAUGGAUUUGGAGCACAUGAACGUGACACUACUGGAAUUUUUGAAGUGGAACCUAGACAUUGUCCAGGAUUCACUUUUAGAAAAUCAAUCUAUAUUGGAUCAACAGAUAUGGGGCCGAACGAGGUUCGCGAGUUGAUGGAAAAGCUAGCUGAAGAGUAUGCUGGGACUACCUACCAUCUUAUACAAAAGAAUUGCAACCAUUUCUGUAAUGAUGUUUGUGUCAAAUUAACUGGAAAGUCGAUUCCUCGAUGGGUUAAUAGACUCGCGAGACUUGGUUUUUUCUGCAACUGCGUUCUUCCACCUAGCCUAAAUGAAUCAAAGGUUGGACAAGUUACAUUAGACAAGGUUCAACAAGGAGACAAGAAGAAAAUGAGAAGUCAGUCCCGGAAGUUAGAUGAUUCCUCUAAUCCUCCAUUGUCUGUUAGUCAAAGACAUUGCCUUCCUCCAUCUUCGACUGUAAUUAAUGCUUCCUCAUCGUCAACCUUAACAGUAAAGUAAAGCUUUGACAGAAGUCAGACUAUGAAAUAUAGGUUAUUAGAAUCAUGUAAUGUACCAAAGAUGGGCAGGUACGCAACUUGUCAUCUGCUCCAUCUGUCUGUUCUUCUGUAUAUCGUUAAUUAUGUUGCAACUGCAAAAAUGGAAUGGUUGCUUUGUCUCUGUUCUUUUUAAUUGUGUGAUCUCUUCAUUGAACAAAAAGGCUUCUUUAAUUGUAGUUUUUGGGAUAAGCAUUUCAGAAUCUUGCUUCAUUUAUAUCUGUUCUGUAGAAUAUAGUAAUUUAUUCAUUGUAUUUGCUGAAGUGUGAGAAUAUAGUAAUCUAUAUCAGUUCUGUGGUGAGUUUUGAAGGCAGUACAGAGUUAAAUUUCAUAACCUUGUACUUUAGAUACUGAAUCAUUUGUUGUUGCUGUAUUAAAGAGACCAAAUUAGCUUGAAAUAAUAUGUGCUCAUGAUUCUAUGCCUU